UUCCCUUUAGGAGGCGCAGACCGGAAGUCCUCUUCCGCGCCUUGGGAGAGAUUCACCUGAUAGUCCCGCCUCUUCCUGUCCUCCCUUUCCGGUCCCGCAAGGGUUGCUAAGCAAUCGAGCAACUCUCAGGCAGGAUGGCUUAAAAGCGAGGGACUCUCUCUGGGCAAACCUGUAUGAAGAGCGAGAGGAGGAGGGGAUGAAGUUCACAGAUUAUGGCCUCCGCUCGGAAGGAGCCGAAGUGAUUCUGGCCACGUCCAGUGAUGAAAAAUUCCCCCCAGAAAAUAUCCUUGACGGCCUACUUAUGGUACUUUCACCAGAAGAACACACAAAGUUACCCACAAGACGAUCUGACACAUUUUGGACGACAACUGGAAUGUUUCCACAAGAAUUUAUUAUUUCUUUAAAUAAAUGUGUAACCAUAAACAAGCUCACAAUCCAGUGCUAUUUAGUGCAGACAUUGCGGAUUGAAAAAAGCAUGUCCAAAGAUCCAAUUGAUUUUGAACUCUGCAUUCAAAAAGAGUUGCAGUCUACAGAAGGGGAGCUUCAAAUUGAAGAAUUCUCUUUUCCCGAUAUGCAAGCUGCAUAUUUGCGAUUCAUAAUUUUGUCCGCUUUUGAUGCUUUUGUAUCAGUGCAUAGGGUAAUAGUGGAAGGAAUAGCUUGAUAUUUUAUUUCAAAGUUAAAUAUGCUUUUUGCAACACAGUAAUAACAUUGUAUUGAUUGUGUAAUCCAAACAUUGCAAUAUGCUUUAUAAAUAAUAAUUUGUUUUCAUUUGAGUAUUUUUCUGUUGUUCCACAUUUUUAAGGUAUUGUUUGUAUAAUAAAUAGGACUCCUUUCUGCAGAGAACAUAGUGUGUUUUCUGUAAACACAGAUCCACUUCUAGCUAUCACUAGUUUUCUGAUUUAAGGAUUGUUUAAGUUUAUGAAUGGAAAACCCUUGCAUACAUGCAACUUGCCCUAUUUCAGAAAUAUUUCUGACUGUCUCUUAAUUUGAAAUUUCAACUGUGUGAAGAUGAAUUCUGCAGUCCAGCAUUUUGUUCCUUGUGUGCCACAGUUAUGAAACACGCAUAAAAUAUAUGCUUCGUUUCAAAUAAGUUGUAAUGUAAACAGAUAAACCAAGUCCUCUUUGCAGAAUUUUCAUAGUACGGUAGUUUAAAGUUCAGGGAACAAUUGUCCUGGAAGUAUUGUAUUUUAUACAUGGUCCAAAUCCAAAUAACUAUGCGACUUGUUCCACCUAUAUUAAACUACAUAACUAAA